CCGGACCCCGUUCGGGUUAGCGAUUUGACCCGAAUUGUGAGUGGCAUGGAAUAGAAAGAGAUAAUAAACAGUGUACAUUUCUGUAGCAAGAGUUUCUUGGUUGUCCUUCAUCGUUCUCUCUUGAUGAAGAAACUUCAACCAUUGUCGAUGGAUUCACAGGGGUCAUGAAAUUGCCAACAAUUAGGGCUACUUUCUUGUUGUUGUUUAGCAACUUGAGAAUUUUGGCUUCUGCUGAUUUUGUAUGCAACUGUGGGCUGAGUUUUAGGUGCAGAUUAGAAGCCUCGGAGCACUAUAACUUCUUAAUGCAUGGCUUGUCACGUGGGAUCUUCGAUUCUGAAGUGGAGAUUAUCACGUACAGAGAAUGAAAGCUCCGAAAAUUCAUGUCUAUCCCUUGCAACUUCCAGAAUCCACAGUUGUGUUUGUGAGCCAAAUAUUACCGGGCUAACUCUAAAAGUUGGCAUGAAGUCUUCACCUUUUGCUCAGAACUGUUUCCUGGGAAGAAGAGCUGAGUGGAAAAUAGCUUUUGCCUUGAACACAGGUGGAGUGUCUGGAAAUGGUGACCAACAAAGCCUCAACGAAGGCAGUUCCAAUCUUGGUGGUACUCGAUUGGGUAGGAUACUGAGUGCAGGUGGCAGACAACUUCUAGAAAAGCUGAACUCAACUAGAAAGAACUUACCCUUGAAAAUAUUCCUACUACUCUUGGGCUUCUACACGGCUAAUGCACUGGCUACAAUCCUUGGGCAAACUGGUGAUUGGGAUGUUCUGGUUGCUGGUGUUGUGGUGGCUGCAAUUGAGGGAAUUGGCAUGCUAAUAUAUAGAAUGCCUGCCACUGCAAGGCCCGGGAGGUUGCAGUCUUUUCUAGUGAUGGUGAACUUCUGGAAAGCUGGCAUAUGUUUGGGUCUCUUUGUAGAUGCUUUUAAGUUAGGCAGCUAAAAGCCCACAAGACUUUUCUUUUCAAUUUAUUGUUGUAUAUCACAAACUCUGGUAAGUCAAUUUUUAUAGCACUUCUCUUCUAGUUCUUUAAUAGUCAUCUAAUUGUAGCAUGUGAAUAUAUAUGACGAUUGCUUAAUGAGUUUUUUUCACAGUGCACCCUUUUGCAUGUGCUGUGUGAAGGAGAAA